AUGGCCCCCAUCGACCGCGCCAUCGCAAGGAAACGCGCCGCCCGCGAGGCCAAGGCCAAGCGCGUCGAGGCCGCUGCCGCCGCCGCCGCUGUCCCCGCCGCUGCCGCCCCCGGCGCCAACGGCCAGAUGCCCCCGGUCGACCCUGUCAAGGCUCGUCAGCUCGCCCAGCUCCUCCGCACCGUCAAGUCGGAGGAGGACAUGCCCAACGUCAUCGAGCAGAUGUCCAAGAUUGUCGACUCGGACCCCGUCCUCGGUGCCAUGCUCAUGGCCGAGAUGGGCCGUGCCGUUGAGCAGCAGCAGGCUCUCGCUGCUGCUGCCGGCGCCGACGCCGGCGACGUUGACGGCGAGGUCCCCCAGAUCGCCGAGGGCUCGUCGUCGGGCAAGGCUCCAGUUUCCAAGUCGGCGGACCAGGCCGCCGCCAUGGCCGACAACAUUGCCGAGCUCAUCCUCCAGGAGUCGGAGCAGCCUGCCAAGACCGAGGCCCAGCUCGCCGAGGACCUCGACUAG